AUGCUGCUUCCUGUCUUCUUUGGGAUGCUGUGGGUGCUGGCUAAUGGGCGAUGGUGUGAAUGGACAGAGAUCAUCCACAUGGAGGAGGAAGUAGCUCCCCGGCAGGAGGACCUGGUGCCUUGUACCAGCCUCUAUCAUUAUAGCCGCUUAGGCUGGCGUCUGGAUCAGCCCUGGAGUGACCGUGCAGGGCUCUCUGAGUCCCCAGCGCCUGGGCUCUGUCCCAUCUACAAACCCCCUGAAACCAAGCCUGUCAUCCAGAACCGGACAGUGAGGGCUUGCUGCCCAGGCUGGGGGGGAACACAGUGCACUGAUGCCCUUGCUGACACUAGCCCUGAUGGCCACUGCUUUGCCACAUGGCAGUGUCAGCCUCUGGCAGGCUCAGCUAAUGCUUCAGCAGGAAGCCUAGAGGAGUGCUGUGCCCAACCCUGGGGACACAGCUGGCAGGAUAGCAGCUCCCAGGUCUGUCUCAAUUGCCCCAAGAGAUACCUUCCAGGCAAUGUUUCCUCUGUAGCCCUCCUGCAGCCCCUUGCAGGGGCUGUGGGCCAGCUCUGGAGCCAGCGCCAGCAGCCCUCAGCCACCUGUGCCACCUGGUCAGGCUUUCACUACCGUACCUUUGAUGGACGCCACUACCACUUCCUGGGUCACUGCACCUACCUGCUGGCGGGUGCUGCUGAUUCCAGCUGGGCUGUCCACCUGGGGCCUGGAGACAACUGCUCCCAGCCUGGGCACUGCCAGUUGGUCCGGGUGAUGAUGGGCUCUGAGGACGUGCUGAUCCGGGGUGGUGUCGUCUCUGUGAAGGGGCAGCUAGUACCUGAGGGGGAGUCACGGCUGCUCCAUGGGCUGAGCCUGCAGUGGCAGGGGGACUGGUUGGUGCUGUCUGGGGACCUGGGAGUCGUUGUGCGGCUGGACAGGUCCAGUUCAGUCUCAGUCUCCGUGGACCACGAGCUCCAGGGACGGACACAGGGCCUCUGUGGACUCUACAGUGGUCGGCAGGAGGAUGACUUCAUGGAGCCAGGGGGGAGGCUGGCUAUGCUGGCUGCCACCUUUGGAAAUUCCUGGAGACUCCCUGGCUCUGAGCCUGGGUGUCUGGAUGCAGUAGAGGCUGUCCAGGGCUGUGAGGGCCCCAUGGAGGGCGCAGAAGCAGGUAUGCAGCCUGGUCAGCUGCGGGCUGAGGCCCAGGACGUGUGCCACCAGCUACUGGAGGGUGCAUUCAGCCAAUGCCAUGCCCAGGUUCCCCCUGAUGAGUACCAUGAGGCCUGCCUCUUUGCCUACUGCACAGGAGCUACAGCGGGCAGCGGCCAAGAUGGCCGGCGGGAGGCUGUGUGCGCCACCUUUGCCAACUUUGCCCAGGCCUGCGCCAGGCAGCACAUUCACGUGCACUGGAGGAAGCCCGGCUUCUGUGAGCGCCUGUGCCCAGGAGGCCAGCUCUACUCCGACUGCAUCUCAUCCUGCCCAGCCAGCUGCUCCAUGGUGGGCCAGGGUGAGGAGGGGCCCUGUGGGGAAGACUGUGUGAGCGGCUGUGAGUGCCCACCAGGGCUUUUCUGGGAUGGCACCCACUGUGUACCUGCUGCCAGCUGCCCCUGCUACCACCGGCGCCAGCGAUAUGCCCCUGGCGACACCGUUCACCAGCGGUGCAACCCAUGUGUGUGCCAGGGUGGCCGCUGGCAUUGUGCUCAGGCCCCAUGCCCUGCUGAAUGUGCAGUAGGCGGUGACGGGCAUUACCUCACCUUUGAUGGACGGAGUUUCUCCUUCCGGGGUGGCUCAGGGUGCCGCUACAUCCUGGUGCAGGACCAUGCUCAGGAGCAGUUGCUGAUGGUGCUGGAGCAUGGGGCCUGCAACUCUGGGAGCUGCCUCCAUGCCCUCUCUGUCUACCUGGAGGACACCCACAUCCAGCUCCGACACUCAGGAGCUGUGCUGGUGGACGGGCAGGAUGUGAGUGUGCCCUGGACUGGCACUGCAGGCCUCCAUGUCUCCCAAGCCUCUUCCACCUUCCUGCUGCUGCACUGGUCUGGGGCCCAGGUCCUCUGGGGAGUGGCCGACCCUGCAGCCUACAUCACCCUAGACCCCCGCCAUGCCCACCAGAUGCAAGGACUAUGUGGCACCUUCACCUGGAACCAGCAGGACGACUUCCUGACACCGGCUGGUGAUGUGGAGACCAGCAUUGCUGCCUUUGCUAGCAAGUUCCAGGUGGCAGAUGGUAGCGGGUGCCCUCCAGGGGAUAGUGCUCUGCUCUCCCCCUGCAGCACCCACUCCCAGAGCCUGGCUUUUGCAGAGGCAGCCUGUGCCAUCCUGCAUGGCCCGGCCUUCCAGGCAUGCCACAGGCUGGUGGACAGGGAGCCCUUCCAGCUGCGUUGCUUGGCAGCUGUGUGUGGCUGUGCCCCUGAGAAGGAUUGCCGGUGCCCAGUGCUCUCUGCCUAUGCACGCCGCUGUGCCCAGGAGGGUGCCCUGCUGCUCUGGAGGAACCAGACCCUCUGCCCUGUCCCAUGUCCUGAUGGCCAGAUGUACCAGGAGUGUGCCCCAGCAUGUGGUCAUCACUGCGGGGAGCCAGAGGAUUGUGACAAGCUGGGCAGCUGUGUGGCUGGCUGUAACUGCCCCCCAGGGCUGCUGUGGGACCCUGAGGGCCAGUGUGUGACCCCCAGCUUGUGCAUCUGUCAGCUUGGAGACCGUCGCUAUACCCCUGGCAGUGUCACCCUAAAGGACUGCAACCACUGUGUCUGCCAGGAGAGGGGCCUCUGGAACUGCACGGCUCACCACUGCCCCCCACAGCGGGCCUUCUGUCCCUGGGAGCUUGUCUAUGCCCCCGGCGCCUGCCUCCUCACCUGUGACAGCCCUAGUGCUAACCACUCCUGCCCUGCGGGCAACACUGAUGGCUGUGUCUGUCCCCCGGGCACUGUGCUGCUGGAUGAACACUGUGUGCUUCCUGACCUCUGUCCCUGCCAUCAUAGUGGCCAGUGGUACCCGCCUAAUGCCACCAUCCAGGAGGACUGCAAUAUUUGUGUGUGCCAGGGCCGGCAGUGGCACUGCACAGGCCAGCGGUGCAGCAGGUGGUGCCAGGCAUUGGGCGCCCACCACUAUGUGACAUUUGAUGGGCUGUCCUUCACCUUCCCUGGGGCCUGUGAGUAUCUGCUGGUGCGAGAGGCUGGUGGCCGCUUCAGCGUCUCUGCUCAGAACCUGCCCUGUGGGGCCAGUGGCCUCACCUGCACCAAGGCCCUGACUGUGCGUCUGGAGAGCACUGUUAUCUACAUGCUCAGAGGCCGGGCAGUGACAGUGAAUGGGUUGCCCAUAAAACCCCCCAAGAUCUACUCAGGCCUUGGCUUGGGCCUGCACCAUGCUGGCCUCUUCUUGCUGCUGACGACACGCCUGGGCCUCAGCCUGCUCUGGGAUGGAGGUACCCGGGUACUGGUGCAGCUCUCCCCCAACUUCCGUGGUCGUGUGGCUGGCCUGUGUGGAGACUUUGAUGGUGAUGCCAGCAAUGACCUGAGGAGCCGCCAAGGAGUCCUGGAGCCCACAGCUGAGCUGGCAGCCCACUCCUGGCGCCUCAAUCCCUUGUGCCCCGAGCCGGGAGACCUACUGCAUCCCUGCACUGUCAAUGCCCACCGGGCAGCCUGGGCCCGGGCCCACUGUGGGACGAUGCUGCAGCCGCUGUUUGCCCGAUGCCACGCAGAGGUGCCCCCGCAGCAGCACUAUGAGUGGUGUGUGUACGAUGCCUGCAGCUGUGAUUCGGGGGGUGACUGUGAGUGUCUCUGCUCGGCCAUUGCCACCUAUGCGGAUGAGUGCUCCAGGCAUGGGCACCAUGUGCGCUGGCGCAGCCAGGAGCUCUGCCCCCUACAGUGCGAAGGGGGACAGGUGUAUGAAGCCUGUGGCCCCGUGUGUCCCCCCACCUGCCCUGAUCACCGUCCUGCACCUGGAUGGCACUGCCAGGCUGUCACCUGUGUGGAGGGCUGCUUCUGCCCCUCGGGGGCUCUGCUGCAUGGAGGAGACUGUGUGGAGCCAGCUGCCUGUCCCUGUGAGUUCGAUGGUAGCUUCUUCCCACCAGGGACAGUGCUGCAGAAGGACUGUGGAAACUGCACAUGUCAGGACAGUCAGUGGCAUUGCGGGGGUGACAGCCCCUUCUGUGAGGAGCUGGUACCUCAGUGUGCAGAAGGAGAGGCUCAAUGCCAGGACAGUGGACACUGUGUGCCACAUGAGUGGCUUUGUGACAAUCAGGACGACUGUGGUGAUGGCUCAGAUGAGGAGGGCUGUGCCACCCCAGGCUGUGAGCAGGGCCAGAUGUCUUGCCGCUCUGGGCACUGCGUUUCCCUGGCCCUGCUCUGUGAUGGGCAGGACAAUUGUGGAGAUGGCACAGAUGAACAGGGCUGCCUGUGCCCCUCUGAUGCAAUGACCUGUGCUGAUGGGCGCUGUCUGCCCCUGGCUCUGCUGUGUGAUGGGCACCCCGACUGUCUGGAUGCUGCUGAUGAGGAGUCCUGCCUGGGGCAGGUGAGCUGCAUCCCUGGGGAGCUGUCCUGCCUCGAUGGCUCCUGUGUGGGGGCCUUCCAGCUGUGUGACGGCGUCUGGGACUGCCCAGAUGGAGCUGACGAGGGGCCUGGACACUGCCCCCUGCCUUCUCUGCCCAUGCCUCCUUCUGGCACCAUACCUAGCCCCUUCACGGGCUCCCUGGAAAGUGCUCAAAGUCCCCUGGGCAGUGCCAGCCCUGCGCCCUGCAGCCCCUCGGAGUUCGCUUGUAGCAGCGGUGAGUGCGCCCCCCGUGGCUGGCGCUGCGACCAGGAGGAAGACUGCGCUGACGGCAGCGAUGAGCUGGGCUGCACGGAGCCCUGUGCGCCGCAUCUCGUGCUCUGUGCCCGUGACAGCUCCCACUGCUUGUCCCUGGGCCAGCUGUGCGAUGGCGAGCCCCAGUGCCCAGACGGCUGGGACGAGAGUCCAGAGACCUGUGGGGGGCUGCCAGCUCCAGGAGACCACAAUGGGACAGGGGUCCCCUGCCCAGAAUACUCAUGCCCCAAUGGCAUCUGCAUUGGCUUCCAGCAGGUGUGUGAUGGGCAGCCUGACUGUGAAACUGCCCUGGGGAAGGCAGAGCGCUCCCCUGAGGAGCAGGCUUGUGGGGUCUGGGGACCCUGGAACCCGUGGGAGCCAUGCAGUCAGACCUGUGGGUCUGGGGUACAAAGCCGAAGUCGUCACUGCUCCCCACCUGGACUCCCAGUGCUGCAGCGCUGCCUGGGCCCUGAGCACCAGUCUCAGGCCUGCUUUGCCAAGGCCUGCCCAGUGGACGGUGUGUGGGGCUCCUGGUCUCCCUGGUCCCCGUGCUCUGAGUCAUGUGGGGGCACCAUGAUGCGGCAGCGGCAGUGUCACCCUCCCCAGAAUGGGGGCCGGGCCUGUGCCCUGCUGCCUGGGGACCCUCCCAGCAUCCAAGAGACCAAGCCUUGCCCUCAGGAUGGCUGCCCCAACGCCACCUGCUCUGGGGAGCUGGUGUUCUGGCCCUGUGCCCCCUGUCCUCUGACCUGUGACGAUGUCUCUAGCCAGGCUACGUGCCCGCCUGAGCAGCCCUGCAGCAGCCCAGGUGCGGGGGCUCUGGGCCUAUGGUCUGAGGCAACUAUGCUACAUAUCAACACUUACCCUGCCACUUCCUCAGGUUGCUGGUGCCCUGAAGGGCAGGUGCUGGGCAACGAAGGGCAGUGCAUGUGGCCCCAGCAAUGCCCCUGCCUGGUGGAUGGUACCCACUACUGGCCUGGGCAGCAAAUCAAGGCUGGCUGCCAGCUCUGUGUCUGCCAGGAUGGGCGGCCCCGGCGCUGCAGACCCAACCCAGACUGUGCUGUGAACUGUGGCUGGUCCUCCUGGUCCCCCUGGGCUGAGUGCCUGGGCCCCUGUGGGAGCCAGAGCAUCCAGUGGUCCUUCCGGAGCCCCAACAACCCCCGCCAGUCUGGCCGAGGUCGCCAGUGCCUUGGCAUCCACCGCAAGGCCCGCAGGUGCCAGAUGGAGCCAUGCCAGGGCUGUGAGCAGCAGGGCCACGUGAGGCGUGUGGGGGAGCGCUGGCGCAGGGGUGCCUGUGAGGUGUGCCAGUGUCUGGACUCUGGCACCGUGCACUGUUCCCCCUACUGCCCGCUGGGCAGCUGCCCCCAGAGCUGGGUCCUGGUGGAAGGAGUGGGAGAAUCAUGCUGCCACUGUGCCCUGCCUGGAGAGAACCAGACAGUACCCACCAUGGCCACUGCAGCCCUGGCUCCAGCCUCCACCUCUCAGAUUGGAUCUGCUCUGAUCACCUACGUUCUGCCCCCACUGGGAGAUUCCUGCUAUGCGCCCCUGGGCCUGGUCCAACUACCCAAGGGCAGCCUGGGGACAUCAUCCCCACAGCCGGAGCACCCCACCUACAUGGCUUUCCUGGGGCCUCCCAUGGAAGACCAAGACCCUGGGGAGGACACUCGUGCCGAGCAGCACCCCCAGCCUCCCUAUCUACACCUGGACCUGCUGUGGGCUCGGAACCUCACUGGCAUCAUGGUGCAGGGGACCCAGUCCUCUGAUGCUCGUAUCCCCAGCUUCUCCCUCCAGUUCAGCAGUGAUGGUCUACACUGGCAUGAGUAUCAUGCCAUCCUGCCUGGCACUCUGCCUGUACCCAAGCCUUUCCCUGGGAGCUGGGCCAAUGUGGCCCCCAAAGUAUGGACAUUUGACCGGAUGGUCCAGGCGAGGUACGUAAGGGUUGGGCCACACCCCAGCCACCACAGUGAAGUCAGCCACCGCACCUUCCAGUGGGCAGAGCUGCUGGGCUGUGGGCCAGUGUCCCCAAUGGCAAACCAGUGCCCAGGAGCCAGGCUCCACUGUGCCAGCGGGGAGUGUGCUCCAAGUGGGGGGCGCUGCAAUGGAGCUGCAGACUGCAAGGAUGGCUCUGAUGAGGAGGGCUGUGAGCCCCUGCCUGCAGGAACUGGAGGAGUCCAUCCCACAGCCAGGACCCUAGUUCUCUCUUCCACCGAGCCCCAGGAGGGUCUGGCAGAGACCGGAUAUUGGCAUCCCAAGCAGAGGUACCCUGCAACUUCUGGGGAGGAGAGGCCAGGGAGUCCUGUUGCAGCCUCUGAGUCUCCUCACACUAGUUCUGGGGAACCCACCACCUCCAUACCCCACCUUGGGGCCUUGAGCUUGCAACCAGGAAUGGCAGCUGUGACUGUACUCCCCAUACACCCAGUGAUGCCGGUGACUCCUGCUGGCCACAGCAUCACCUCCAAGCCCUUCCCACCUGUGCGGUGCAAUUCUGGGCAGGUGGCCUGCAAGGUGCUGGGCUGUGUGGAGUGGGUACAGCUCUGCGAUGGCAAGGAAGAUUGCCUGGAUGGCUCUGAUGAGCAGCACUGUGUGAGUGCAGAGCCCUUCACAGUGCCUGCCACUGUGCUUCCUGGGCUGCCGGGUUCGAGGGCACUCUGCUCGCCAAACCAGCUGCACUGUAGCAGCGGAGAGUGUCUGCCCGCUGAGUGGCGGUGCAAUCUGCACCCCGACUGCCAGGAUGGCUCAGAUGAGGACAACUGUGUGGACUGUGUGCUGACACCCUGGUCUAGCUGGAGUGGCUGCAGCCGCAGCUGUGGCCUGGGCUUCACCUUCCAGCGGCGGGAGCAGCUGCGGCCUCCCCUGCCCGGGGGGAGCUGCCUGAUGGACCAGCUGCGCAGCCAGCCCUGCUUUGUGCAAGCCUGCCCAGUGGCUGGGGCAUGGGCAGAGUGGGAGACUUGGGGGCCCUGCAGUGUCUCCUGUGGGGGUGGCCACCAGAGUCGCCGGAGGAGCUGUGUGGACCCUCCACCCAAGAAUGGUGGUGAUGCUUGUCCUGGGGCUUCCCAAGAGUGGGGGCCCUGUGGCUUGCAGCCCUGUUCAGGUGACACAGACUGCGGGCCAGGCCGUGUGCAUGUGAAUGUGGAGCUAUGCCAGGAGGGGCUGGUGCCCUUGUGCCCACCCUCCUGCCUGGACCUCAAGGCCUCAAGCUGCACUGGGCAGUGUGUGGAGGGAUGCCGCUGUCCCCCGGGGCUCCUUCUCCAUGACUCUCACUGCCUGCCGCUCUCCGAAUGCCCCUGCCUUGUGGGUGAAGAGCUGAAGCAGCCAGGGUCGUCCUUCCUGAUGGACAACUGCAGCCGCUGCGUUUGCGAGAAGGGUGAACUGCAGUGUGAACCGAGUAGUUGUCCACAGCCCUGCGGCUGGUCAGCCUGGUCCCCCUGGGCUCCCUGUGACCAAUCCUGUGGUCUUGGAGUAAAGGCCAGGUUCAGGUCUCCUUCCAACCCUCCUGCAGCUUUCGGAGGUACCCCCUGUGAAGGUGACAGUCAGGAGCUGCAGGCCUGUUACACAGAGUGUGGUACAGAGGCACUGGGCUGGACGCCCUGGACACCCUGGUCCCCCUGCUCCCAGAGUUGCCUUGUACCUGGAGGAGGCCCCAGCUGGCAGCGGCGUUUCCGGCUCUGCCCUGGCCCCAAGGAUGCCUGCCAUGGAGAGGCAAUUCAGGAGGAGCCCUGCAGCGCCCCUCUGUGCCCAGUGCUAAGCAGCUGGGGUCUGUGGGCUUCCUGGUCCGCCUGCUCAGUGUCUUGCGGUGGAGGUGUGCAGUUCCGUGGGCGCAGCUGCAAUGGUCUGGCUCCUGGACACUCCGUGUGCCAGGGACCCCACGGUCAAACCAAGGACUGCAACACACAGCCCUGCACAGCUCAGUGCCCCAGCGACAUGGUGUUCCGCUCAGCAGAACAGUGUCACCAGGAGGGAGGUCCAUGCCCUCGGCUGUGCCUAGCACAGGACCCUGGGGUGGAGUGCAUGGGCAAUUGUGCCCCCAGCUGUGCCUGCCCCCUUGGCCUCUUUCUGUACAACACCAGCUGCCUGCCCCGCACUCAGUGCCCCUGCCAGCUGCAUGGGCAGCUCUAUGCACCCGGAGCGGUGGCUCACCUGGACACCUGUAACAACUGCACUUGUGUCUCUGGUGAGAUGGUAUGCACCUCGGAUCCCUGCCCAGUAGCCUGUGGCUGGAGCCCCUGGACCCCAUGGAGUCUCUGCAGCCGCAGCUGUGAUGUGGGCAUUCAGCGACGCUUCCGUACAGGCACCGCACCCCCAGCUGCCUUUGGAGGUGCUGAGUGCCAGGGCCCUGACAUGGAAGCUGAAUUCUGCAGUCUUCAGCCAUGUCAAGGUCCUGGUGGGGUAUGGGGUCCCUGGACUCAGUGUUCCGUGCCCUGUGGUGGUGGCUAUAGGAACCGCACCCAAGGCAGUGGCCCACGCAGCCCUGUGGAGUUCUCCACCUGCAGCCUACAGCCCUGUGCAGGGCCAGUGCCUGGUGUAUGUCCCAGGGGACAGCAGUGGCAGGCCUGCGCUCAGGGCCCUGCCUCCUGUGCGGAGCUCAGUUCCCCACAGUGGACUAACCAGACCUGCCACCCUGGCUGCUACUGCCCAUCCAGCAUGCUCCUGCUGAACAGUGUGUGUGUGCCCGCCCAGGACUGCCCCUGUACCCACAGGGGCCGCCUUCACCCUCCAGACAGUGCUGUGCUGAGUCCAUGUGAAAACUGCUCCUGUGUCUCUGGGGUCAUCACCAACUGCACAGCCAGGCCUUGUGAGGAGGGCCAGCCCAAAUGGUCACCCUGGACCCCCUGGAGUGAAUGCUCAGCCUCCUGUGGCCCUGCCCGACGCCAGCGGCACCACUUCUGUCCCAGCACCCCCAGCGUGGCGCCCCUCUCAGCUGCCCCUACACCCCUCUGCCCAGGACCAGAGGCCGAGGAGGAGCUGUGCCUCUUGCCUGCCUGUGAUCGAGAAGGGGGUUGGGGGCCUUGGGGACCCUGGUCCAGCUGCAGUCGGAGCUGUGGAGGAGGCCUGCACAGCCGGACCCGAGCCUGUGACCAGCCGCCACCUGAGGGCCUGGGACUUUUCUGCGAGGGGCCUCAGGCGCAGGGGGAAACCUGCCAGGCUCAGCCAUGCCCAGUGACCAACUGCACAGCCAUCGAAGGGACUGAGUACAGCUCCUGUGGCCCUCCCUGCCCCCACUCCUGCGAUGACCUCACGCACUGUGUUUGGCGCUGUCAGCCAGGCUGCUACUGCCCUCCGGGCCUGGUGCUGAGUGCUGAUGGGACCAUCUGUGUGAAGCCCAGUCACUGUGGCUGCCUGGACCUGCUGACUGGGGAGCGGCACCGUCCAGGUGCCCAGUUGGCCAGGCCUGAUGGCUGCAACCACUGCACCUGCUUGGAGGGGAGGCUCAACUGUACCGACCUGCCCUGCCCAGUUCCCGGAAGCUGGUGCCCGUGGUCAGAGUGGACAGCGUGCUCCCAGCCCUGCAGGGGCCAGGUGCGGACCCGCUCCAGGGCCUGUGCCUGCCCUGCUCCUCAGCACGGUGGUGCUCUGUGCCCUGGGGAGGCAGGGGCUCAGCGACAGAGGGAGGCCUGCCCCAGCUCCACCACAUGCCCAGUGGAUGGAGCCUGGAGCCCUUGGGAACCAUGGUCUUCCUGCGAUGUGUGUGUGGGGCAGUCCUAUCGGAGGCGAACGUGCACCCAGCCACCCAGCUCUGAGGGAGGCAGACCGUGCGCUGGGGCCCAUGAGCAGAGUCGUCCAUGUUGGGACAAUUCCACAGAGUGCACAGACUGUGGAGGUGGCCAGGAUCUUCUGCCCUGUGGACGCCCUUGUCCCCACUCCUGCCGGGACCUGUCCGCAGGCAGUAUGUGCCAGACUGGCCCCACGGGGUGCCAGCCCAGCUGCGGAUGUCCCCCGGGCCGGCUCACCCAGGACGGGCUCUGUGUGCUCCCAGUCCACUGCCGCUGCCAGUACCAGCCUGGAGCCAUGGGGAUCCCUGAGAACCACAGCCGGUCAGCAGCGUCUGGGCUCAGCUCUUGGGAGAGUCUGGAACCUGGGGAGGUAGUGACUGGGCUGUGUGACAACUGCACCUGUGUGGCGGGCAUCUUACAGUGCCAGGAGGUGCCCAGCUGCCCUGGCAUUGGCGUGUGGGGGUUCUGGGGCCCCUGGGAGGACUGCAGCGUUUCCUGUGGGGAAGGGGAGCAGCUGCGCUCUCGGCUCUGUCCCCGACCCCCCUGCCCUGGACUGGCCCGGCAGAGCCGUACCUGCCACACCCAGGUCUGCACAGAGGCAGGCUGCCCAGCUGGCCGUCUGUACCGUGAAUGCCAGCCCAGUGAUGGAUGCCCCUUCUCCUGCGCCCACAUCAUGGGGCAGGUGGCCUGCUUCUCCAACAGCUGUGAAGAGGGCUGCCACUGUCCUGAGGGAACCUUCCAGCACCGUGCAGCCUGUGUCCAGGAGUGCCCCUGUGUGCUGACAGCCACGCUGCUGCACGAGCUGGGAGCCACCAGCACUGAGUCUGGGAUGUCCCCACCCUUUCUGGGAGAGGAGGGUCAGUACUUUGGGCCUGGAGUUGAGUUGGACCCAGGCCAGACAUUUCAAAUCGGCUGCAGCAACUGCUCCUGUGUGCAUGGAAAGCUGUCCUGCUCCCCAAACAACUGCUCCCAGGUUGAGGGUGGCUUCAGCGCCUGGGACUCAUGGGGCCCAUGGGGCCCAUGCUCCCACUCCUGUGGUCAGCUGGGGACCCGCACCCGCAUCCGUCAGUGCAUGCACCCCACGCCUGCUCCUGGAUGGCAGGACUGCCUGGGGCCCAGACAGGACCUGGAGGACUGCUACAACCCAGACUGCCCUGGAGCUGAAGGGUCCAUAAUGGAGCCAGUGACAGCCCUUCCAGGUGGCUGGGGUCUGUGGUCUCCAUGGUCCCCCUGCUCCCGCAGCUGCACUGACCCUGCUCACCCUGCAUGGCGCAGCCGCCUGCGCCCUUGCCUGGCUAACUGUACUGUUGGGGAGCCAGCACAGGAGCGUCCCUGCAACCUGCCAUCCUGCACAGAGCUGUCCCUGUGCUCUGGCCCUGGCUGUGGGCCAGAGAACUGUUCCUGGACCCCCUGGGGCCCGUGGGAGCCGUGUUCCCGCAGCUGUGGGGUGGGCCAGCAGCGUCGCCUGCGGGCGUACCAUCCCCCCAGGCCUGGUGGACACUGGUGCCCAGACAUCCUUACAGCCUACCAGGAGCGCCGCUUCUGCAACCUGCGUGCUUGCCCAGUGCCAGGGGGCUGGUCACGCUGGAGCCCCUGGUCCUGGUGUGACCGAAGCUGUGGAGGGGGACGAUCUCUGAGGACCCGGAGCUGCCUGAGCCCCCCACCCAAAAAUGGGGGUGCCUCCUGUGCCGGAGAGCGGCAUCACACACGGGUCUGCAAUGCCCUGCCCUGUGAGGAGGACUGCCCAGCAGGCAUGGAGCUGGUGAACUGUGCCAACUACUGCCCGCGCCGCUGCUCAGACUUGCAGGAUGGAGUAGUGUGUGAGGAUCAUCAGGUCUGCCAGCGAGGCUGUCGGUGUCCUGAGGGGUCCCUGGAGCAGGAUGGCAGCUGUGUGCCACUUAGGCACUGCGAAUGCACAGAUGCCGAUGGCCGCAGCUGGGCCCCAGGAAGCCUGCACCAAGAUGCCUGUAAUAACUGCUCCUGCCAGGCUGGGCGCCUCUCCUGCACGGCCUUGCCCUGCCCACCACCUGCCCACUGUGCCUGGAGCCGCUGGUCAGCCUGGAGUCACUGCAGCCAUUCAUGUGGACUGGGAGGACAGCAAAGCCGCUUCCGGUCCUCUACAUCGGGCUCAUGGGCCCCAGAGUGCCGAGAGGAGCAGUCCCAGAGCCAGCCAUGCCCACAACCACCAUGCCCACCCUUGUGCCUGCAGGGUGCCCUCCCCCGAAGCCUAGGGGACAGCUGGCUUCAGGGAGAGUGUCAUCAGUGCUCCUGCACUCCGGAAGGCGUGAUCUGUGACACCACCAAGUGUGCAGCGCCCAGUGGCUGGACACUGUGGUCUCCUUGGUCGGACUGCCCUGUCUCCUGUGGAGGUGGACACCAGGUCCGCACUCGGACUUGCAUGGUGUCAGUCCCUCAGCGCAGUGAGCCACCCUGCUUGGGCUCUGACACUGAGACCCAGUACUGUGGGCAGCAGCCGUGUCUUCCGUUGCUGGACGUCUGCUCCUGGGGCCCAUGGGGGCCCUGUUCUCAUACUUGUGGCCCAGGCCUGACCUCCCGCUCUGGCUCCUGCUCCUGCCUGCUGGCCAAGGCUGACUCCAUGUGCAACGGCACAGUCACACACCUGGAGACCCAGGCCUGCUACCCGGGGCCCUGCCUGGAGGAGUGUGUGUGGAGUAGCUGGAGCAGCUGGACACGCUGCUCCUGCCAGGUGCCUGUGCAGCAGCGCUACCGCCACCAGGGACCAGCAUCUGGACGGGCCACUGAGGGACCCCUCUGCACACGACUGGAUGGCCACUUUCGGCCAUGCUCCAUUGGCAACUGCUCAGAGGACAGCUGCAUGCCUCCCUUUGAGUUCCAGGCCUGCGGCUCUGCCUGUGCUGGGCUCUGUGCCACACACCAGAGCCUUCAGCUCUGCCAGGACCUGCCACCCUGCCAGCCUGGCUGCUACUGUCCCAAGGGGCUGCUGGAGCAGGCAGGUAGCUGUGUUCCCCCAGAGCAGUGUAACUGCCGGCUCACCUCAGGAGAGGGAGGUGAGGUGACCUUGAGCCCUGGGGAACAUCUGCAGCUGGGUUGUAAGGAAUGUGAGUGCCAACAUGGAGAGCUGCAAUGCACAAGCCAGGGAUGUAAAGGUCUUCUGCCGCUGAGCGACUGGUCGGAGUGGUCACCCUGUGGACCCUGCCUGCCCCGAAGUACCCUGGCCUCUGCCUCCAGGGCCGCUCUGGAGGAGCGCUGGCGUCUGAACACAGCAGGCUUCUCUCCAACCUCGGCCCCAUUGCUGGCUUCAGAGCAGUAUCGCCACCGCCUCUGUCUGGACCCUGAGACAGGGUGGCCCUGGGCUGGAGACCCUCACCUGUGCACUGCACCCCUUAGCCAGCAACGCCUCUGCCCUGACCCUGAAGCCUGCCUUGACCCAUGUCAGUGGAGUUCCUGGGGCCCCUGGAGCCCCUGCCUGGUGCCCUGCAGUGGGGGAUUCCGGCUGCGCUGGAGAAAGGCAGGGAGCCCUCUUUCAAGAGCCUGCCGGGGUCCAUGGGCUCAGACUGAGAGCUGCAAUAUGGAGUCCUGCCCAGCACAGAGCUGUGAGACCCGGGGCACCGUGCUCACCCCUGACUGUGCCAACCAGUGCCCUCGUACCUGUGCCGACCUCUGGGACCACGUACAGUGUCUGCAGGGACCCUGCCAUCCAGGCUGCCGCUGUCCCCCAGGCCAGCUGAUACAGGAUGGGCACUGUGUGCCCAUCUCCUCCUGCCGCUGUGGCCUCCCCAGUGCCAAUGCCUCCUGGGAGCUAACCCCAGCUCAGGUGGUGCAGCUGGACUGCCACAACUGCACCUGUGUAAAUGGGUCCCUGGAGUGCCCACGUCUUGAGUGCCCUCUCCUGGGCCCUUGGUCAGCCUGGAGCAGGUGCUCAGCUGUCUGUGGUGGGGGCAUCUCAGAACGCCAUCGGAACUGCAAGGAGCAUCCCGGGGCAGCACCAUGCCAGGCACAGGACACAGAGCAACAGCAAGAGUGUAACCUGCAGCCCUGCACAGAGUGUCUUCCUGGGCAGGUGCUCAGCACCUGUGCCACCUCCUGCCCAAGGCUCUGCUCGCACCUGCAGCCUGGUGCCGUCUGUGUGCAGCAACCCUGCCAGCCUGGAUGUGACUGCCCUGAGGGGCAGCUGCUGCACAGUGGCACAUGUGUGCCCCCUGCUGCCUGCCCCUGUACCCAGCGCUCCCUGCCCUGGGGCCUCAGCCUGACUGAUGAAGAGCUGGUUCGGGAGCUGCCCCCAGGGACUGUGCUCCACCAGAAUUGCACCCGCUGUGUCUGCCAAGGUGGCACCUUCAAUUGUUCCCUUGCUGACUGCCCGGAGUGUCCCCCUGGGGAAAGGUGGCAGCAGGUGGCCCCAGGGGAGCAGGGGCCCUGUGAGUGGACGUGCCAGGAGACAAAUGCCAUAGCAGCUCAGAGCAACUGCAGUGUAGCGCAGGCCCCCGGCUGCGUGUGCCAGGAAGGAUACUUCCGCAGCCAAGCAGGUCCCUGCGUCCCCGCAGACGGCUGCGAGUGCUGGCACCUUGGGCAUCUCCACUUGCCCGGGUCUGAAUGGCAGGAGGGCUGUGACAGAUGUCGCUGCCUGGGAGGCACAAGUGUUUGUACCCAACUCUGCCCUCGCCUCACCUGCGCUCAGGGUGAGGCGCUGGUGCAGGAGCCAGCGAGCUGCUGUCCCAUUUGCCGGCAGGAGACUCCCGAGAAACAGCCAGCCUCCUGCCGGCACCUCACCGAGCUUCGAAACCUCACCAAGGGGCCCUGCCACCUGGACCAGGUGCAAGUGAGCUACUGCAGUGGGCACUGCCAGUCCAGCACCAACGUCAUGACUGAGGAACCGUACCUGCAGAGCCAGUGCGACUGCUGCAGCUACCGCCUAGACCCGGAUAGCCCCGUGAGGAUCCUGCACCUGCGCUGCCCCGAUGGCCGCACGGAGCCCGCAGUGCUGCCGGUGAUCCACAGCUGCCAGUGCAGCGCUUGCCAGGGUGGGUCAGGGUGGGUCUGGGGGAUCCCGGGGGCGGGCUACAUGGAGGGCAAGGCUUGAGUAGGCACGGGAAGG